AUGGCUGAUGGUGCUUCUUACAUUCGUUGUAUAAUGGGUGGAGUUCUGCUAGAGAAAGCUAGAGUCAGUGCUCGAAAGAAUAACAACGAGAAAAGUCGCUCGAUCUCGCCCAUGUCACCGCCACGCUCUCGCAAGCGCCUCGCACGUGUUGCGUCGCUACCAACCGGUGUUGCACGUGGUAAAGUUGGCGAAUAUAUCGCCAAGCAUGAACGUGGAAUUCCGAACCCAGCGAUCGGACGGGAUCGACCUGUGCGUAUUGUUCGUCAAUAUGCCAUGGUCGACAAAGAGACAUAA